AUGGAGUCAUCAUCGGAGUUUGCGAAAGAAGACGAUGUAAUAGCUAGUUUGAGUACUUUCGAUAUAAUGAAUGUUAAAACACUAAUAGAGAGAGCUUUUGGUUGUAUAGAUGAGAACAGAGUAAACUUUAAACUCAUUCAAACAAUACUUUUUCUGUUGGCCCGACAACUGAGAAUUUUAGAUAGACGCGUUGCAUUUGAGGGACCAUUUGCAAAUGCAAUGGAAAACCUUAGCAGCCUAGCAGUUACCGAAGUUAAAGUACAUGCAAUGCAGUCGAAAAAGAAAGGUAGCAAAAAGGGUGCUGAUAAAAAUGCAAUGGGUAAAUCCAAACUAGACAAAGGAAAAGAUGGUGGCAAAAGUCUAAAGAGAACUGAUUCAAAUGUGGAACCAGAUUCAGCACCAAAACCAAUGGCUUCCAUAGAUCCUAUGGAGGCACAAUAUGAAAAAUUACUCGUCGUUGAAAGAGUAUCCUCCAGUAGUAGCAGAGCAAGUCGUACUAGUCCCAAACCAUCUGUGGUAACUCAAGAAGAAUUCAUGAAGUUGGCAAAGACGGUACGAGCACUUCAAGCUCACUUUGGACCAAUUGGAACUGCCGGAUUUCCUGCAAAUGCUCAACUUAUGGAAAGCCUUCGUCAAAAUGCGUCACUCACCGACGCUAUGGCGGCACUGCAACUUUCAGCUCGUCUUGAAGCUGUCGAGAAAGUACUCGGGCGUAUGACGCAACUACUUUCUACAGUACUUAGUGCCACACCGGGAAUAGCAGUAGACAGUGAAACGAGAGUUUUUCUUGGGGAGCAUGCAGCUACCGAUUUGCCAACAAUGUCUCAAAUGGAAACGGGCAGGCCUAUUGAUGGUACAACUGUUUUGUUACGACCCUCGGAUUACGAAUAUCAGGCAAAAUCCGGCGAUGAAAGUGAUGCUGAAGUUGAGGACGAAGAUUUUGUUACACAUAAGCGACUUAGGGUUGCGGUCAAGGACUUGAACGAUGUAGUUUUAAAAGAAAUGAACGAAAUAACCGAGCGUAAUACAUCUAGCGCUAACCAAGCCUUAAAACUAGCAAGUAACUUAGAAACCAAACUAACCACAUCAUUGAACGUGGGUCCAAGGAUGGCCAAUUUAGAAAGCGCAGUCAGUGCGUAUACGGAACAAAUAAAUGCCAUCGAUACUGGAUUAUCUUCACAGAUGAGUAACUAUCAAGAACAACUUACACAAAUGCAACAUGAAUUAGAAAUUGGACUGGAUGCAAUGGCGGAAGCUAUGGCUAAUACCGGAGGAGACACAGUCGCAAUGGGCGAACUUAAUAAUAAUUUCACGGCUCUUCAAAUCGACUUUGAAAGCAUGUUGUUCCGACAAAAAAGAGUUUCCGAUGGCCUCGAAGCGGUGCAAGCUAAUUUAUCUAAUUUGUGGAAACAAAUAGAAAUGCUGCGAGAGACAAAGUCAGACCGUGAUGAAGUGGCAGACGCUCUCCGCGAUAAAGCUGGUAUUAAAGACUUGAAUGGUCUUGUGCCACUCGAGCAAUUUGACGCUGUUAGAGGUGAUUUCGAAAAGCGAAUUGAAGCAUCGUAUAAUAAAUUUAAUAACCAAGAACUAAUUUGGCAAAAAGCCAUUGAUGAAAUUCUAAGAGAACUUAGUGAGAAGGGGGAUCUUGUUCAACUCAAUUGUCUCAAAGACGGAAUGCUCAAACAUCUUGAUGAAUUAAGUGCCCGUAUGGAAGCUAUUGCAACUAUUGUUGGAGAACCUAAAACAGCUGUUAUAACGAAAAGGUUGUUUAGAGAUGCUGCAUGCAUUUGUUGCUCUACUCCAGCAACGAUGGACAUGGAACGACCACCACAGUUACCGAACCUACCCAAAUUCCCUGGUGGGAAACGAGAUGAAGACAGUGAGCAUAAAAAGCAAAUUAGUGGAGACGGUGAUACAAGACCUUGUUACUAUGGUUUACCCAUAUUACAUCCGAUAGAUCCCAGGGCGCAUUAUUGCCAGCGAUACUGUGGUGGCUCGCACACAUUGAUCCCAAGUGGUCCACCUAAAGUUCCUCUAUCGUGCAUCAUAACGCCUGUCCGUAAAGAUGUCACCACUGAACUUGGAACAGAUGGAAAGAUGUACAAAGUGGAUGAAUCAUAUACAGUUGUAUCAGUAAAUAUGCAUAAGAUAUUAGAGUUUCAAGCGGUGGUGCUGGCGGCUGGAAGAGGAUCUCGGCUACCUGAUGUUGGUGGAGCAGUGUCAAAGUGCCUUCUACCAGUUGGGCCCUACCCUGUCUUGUGGUACUCAUUAAAUUUAUUGGAAAAAAUAGGAUUUCAAGAGGUUUUGGUAUUGGUUCUUGAUGAAGACAAGUCGAAUAUUCUAAGUGCAUUAGAAAAAUGCCCAUUAAAGAUUAAGUAUGACCUAAUAGUUAUACCGUCUGAUGAGGAUUGGGGCACAGCAAAUUCAUUAAAGCACAUCAGCAACAGAAUAUCUACAGAUUUACUUGUCCUCUCCGGAGAUCUCAUUACUAAUAUUAAUCUUAACGAUGUCUUGAAUGUGCAUAGAAAGUAUGAUGCAGCACUGACUACUUUAUUUUUCAAUAACGGACCCGAAGAAUGGAUUGAACUACCUGGACCUAAAACUAAAGCUAAACCAGAUAGAGAUCUAGUUUGCAUUGACAAAGAAACUCAGAGACUUGUUUUCUUGGCCAGUGCAAGUGAUUUUGAAGAAACAGUGACAAUACCCAGAGUACUUGUGAAGAAAUAUGAUGCAAUCAGUAUGUAUAGUAGACUGCUGGAUGCCCAUGUGUAUGUUAUGAAGCACUGGGUAUUAAACUACCUGGUUGAUUCUGACAAAUUUACAUCAGUUAAAGGAGAACUUAUCCCACACAUUGUAAAGAAACAGCUGUCUAAAUCUAAAAAUUCUCUAGAGAAAAAGGGUACUUCAGAGAAAAAUGUGGAUAUUACUAAAGAUAUCUUUGAUUACGCUACUGAGAGUGGAUAUGAGAGUAAGAUUAGAGAAAUGACUGCAUAUAGUGAUCACAAGUUAGGAAGCAAAGGUAUUUUUUAUAAUGAUUUAUUGAGAUGUUAUGCUCACAUACCAGAUAAGAACACAUUUGGAAUAAGAGUAAAUACUCUUUCAUCGUUUUAUCUAUCAAAUAAUAAGAUUUUAUCAAAAUGGGAAGAAUUGAUUGGUUCACCUCUUUCUGAAAGAUUUCACCCAAACAGUGAAGUAAAAACAAAGCAAAUUGAUGAAUCUAGUACUGUUGGAGACAAAAGUAUAAUAAGUGAAAAGACAUCUAUAAAAAAUACAUUCAUAGGCGCCAACUGUAGAGUUGAGAACAAAGUUAGAUUGACUAACUGUAUAUUGAUGAAUAAUGUUACUAUUAGGGAAGGCUGCACGCUUCAAGAUACUGUGGUGUACACAGGAGCGACAGUAGAUACUGGUUGCAGCCUACAACACUGUCUCGUCGGCCCUCACCAUUUGGUUGCAUCAUCCACAUCCAGCAACCAUCAGCUACACGCUGAAACAACCGACAAUAUGAUCACGCUUGGAUGA